GGGAAGAAAGAGGAGUUUCUCAAUUUGGGCAUUAUGCAAUGCAAUCCCUCUCACGCUCACGUUUUCUGGCUCACACAUACGCCACGGCCCUCAUCCCGUUUCGGAACCCGCCAUCAAUCAUACGGACCGUUUCGUCCACAAACGCUAGGAUUCAUGGUUCGAAACUGAGGAGGAUGGAGAAAAGAGAUGAAAAUCAAAAGAGUGUAGCUGUGGAGAGCACCACAAGAUUAAACAACCCCCGUGUUGAUAAGCUUCAACAACUCGUACACAUGGAAUCUACUGAUGGUUGGGAAAAGAGUUGGGAGCAAGGUGUGACCCCAUGGGAUUUAGGACAACCGACACCAAUUCUUGUACAUCUUCAUCAAACAGGAGCUCUUCCCAAGGGUAGGGCUUUAGUCCCUGGUUGUGGCAGUGGUUAUGAUGUAGCAGCAGUUGCAUGCCCUGAACGCUAUGUUGUUGGAUUGGAUAUAUCAGACAUUGCCAUUAAGAAAGCAGUGGAGUUGUCUUCCUCAUUACCGAAUGCAAGUUAUUUUAACUUCUUAAUGGCGGACUUUUUCACUUGGAAUCCAAGUGAAUUGUUUGAUCUCAUUCUUGAUUAUAUGUUCUUUUGUGCCAUUGAACCAGACAUGAGGUUGGCUUGGGCACAGAGAAUUCGUGAUUUAUUGAAACCUGGUGGAGAGCUCAUAACACUAAUGUUUCCAAUUAGCGAUCAUGUUGGUGGACCCCCAUUCAAAGUAUCAAUUUCAGGGUACACACUUAUUUACCUUCUUUUUUUUUCUCUUUUUCUUUUUUGCCGGCCCUUCCCUUGGGGGUUGGGAGGCUUGGUAGUUUGAAUCUAGUAUCGAUAUCACUGAAGAAACUUUUGCAUGGAUGUUUGUCUACACUUAACAACUUUUUUUUUUCAAACUUACCAAUUUAAAUCUUUG